AUGGUAUGCUUUAAGGCGGAUGGGGAAGGCAGUUCCCGAGAUCAAGCAAAUGAAACUGGUGCAUCUACAAGCAACAAACCAUCAACAUCCGCUCCAAGUACAAAUACGAGGGUAGCAAAUGUGGCUGCUACCGAAACCGUUGCAUCAAACUUCGCUCAGAAGAGAACAUCCAAUGUACUUCUUGCUACGGCUGUAGUCAUUAUCGAAGACGACGGGGGAGCUCGCUACCCAGCGCGAGCGUUACUUGAUUCCGGUUCGGAAUGCAAUUUUAUCUCGGAAAGGCUAUGUCAACGGUUGAAUGUGUCAAGAGAGAAGGUGGACAUUUCUGUCCUAGGCGUUGGCCAUGCGUCAACUCAGGUUAACCAACAAUUUCAAGCGACAAUCAAAUCUCGAAUCUCGUCAUUUUCGCGCAAAAUGAGCUUUCUUGUUUUGUCAAGGGUUACGGUCAAUCUACCUACAGUAACAGUGCAAAUAUCGGGAUGGGAGAUCCCAGAUGGAAUCGAUCUAGCGGAUCCCACUUUCUUCCAAUCAAAAGGUGUGGAUUUAGUGCUAGGCAUUCAGGCAUUCUUUAGCUUCUUCAAGAAAGGCAAUGAAUUAUCGCUGGGCGAUGGUUUACCACUACUUAACGAGUCGGUUUUCGGUUGGGUAGUUGCCGGAGAAGUAGAUUCUACUAGAAAGACCACACGCAUAGUAUGUAACAUGGCGGUAUCUGACACUUUGGAGAAGUUAAUGGAGCGGUUUUGGUCCUGCGAGGAAGUGGGAAGCGGAAAAAUUUACUCUCCAGAGGAGGCGCGCUGUGAGGAGCAGUUUGGGCGCACUAUUCACCGAGAAUCAAACGGUCGGUACACAGUAACACUUCCCAAGAACGAGGCGGUCUUGGAACGGUUAGGGUCAUCAAAGGAUAUCGCCAUGAAACGCUUUCAAGGACUGGAAAGAAGGCUUUCCAGGGACGAUGAACUUCGCCGACAAUACGAGGAUUUCAUGACAGAAUACCUUCAGCUUGGACACAUGCGAAGGCUGGACGAUUCCCAGGAAGACAAGGUCAAACGAUGUUACUUACCGCAUCAUCCUGUAGUGAAAGAGUCCAGUACCACAACUAAGGUGAGAGUGGUCUUCGAUGCUUCAUGCAAAACGUCAACUGGAAUUUCGCUAAAUGAUGCGUUACUCGUCGGACCAAUCGUGCAGCAAGAUCUUCGCGCAAUCAUACUACGUUGUCGAACUCGCCAGGUAAUGGUUGUCGCAGAUGUCGAAAAAAUGUUUCGGCAGAUUAAUAUGGAUCAGGCAGAUGUACCCUUACAGAGCAUCUUAUGGAGGUUUUCCCAUGAAGAAGUGGUUAAUACGUUCGAGCUUACGACGGUCACCUACGGCACAAAACAAGCACCGUUUCUAGCCACGCGGACACUCAAACAGCUGGCAUUUGACGAACAAGGUCGAUUUCCUCUGGCAGCACAAGCAGCAGAUGAAGACAUCUACAUGGACGAUGUAAUAUCUGGGGCUGAUGACAUCGAAACCGCUAUGCAGCUCAGGAUGCAAUUCGAUGCAAUGAUGUUGAGCGGUGGAUUCAGACUGCGAAAAUGGGUUUCCAACUGCGAAAGGGUCUUAGAAGGAAUACCGAAGGAAAAUCGAGCACUACCAGGGGCGGACGAAAUUACUUGGGAUAAAGAUGAUACAGUUAAAACACUUGGGUUAUCAUGGCUGCCCAAAACGAAUUGCCUGAAAUUUCAAUUUACUAUACCUACACUUACACCAAAUCAAUCUCUAACCAAGCGCAUGAUUCUGUCUAUCAUCGCAUCACUCUUCGACCCCUUGGGGAUCUUGGGGGCAACCAUCGUAACGGCCAAGAUUUAUAUGCAACAACUGUGGAACUAUUGUAACAAAGAUGGGCAACGUUUGGAAUGGGACGAAUCUAUACCUACAACGGUAGGUGAGGAGUGGCGAAGUUAUCAGCUACAACUGCCUUCGCUAAAUUUGCUUCGGAUUCCACGAUGUGCGGUCGCACCGGAAAGCAUAGAUAUCGAGAUCCAUUGUUUCUCAGACGCCUCUGAGAAGGCGUAUGGAGCUUGCUUAUACCUUCGCAGUAGGGAUACCAACGGAAGAAUUACAGUCCAGCUUUUAACUUCGAAAUCGAAGGUAGCACCAUUAAAGGUUCAAACGUUACCGAGACUGGAGUUGUGUGGCGCUCUACUAGCGGCGCAGCUUGUGGAGAAAGUUUCGGAUGCAGUGAAGGGUAUCAGCAAGGUUCAUUUCUGGACCGACUCAACGUGUGUUCUUCAGUGGCUGAAAGCAGAAUCACCAAAUGUUUGGAGUAGUUUUGUGGCAAAUCGUGUAUCAAAAAUUCAGGCUAUUUCGGAAAAUCAUUCUUGGCAUCACGUCCCAGGUAUCUGCAAUCCCGCAGAUCUAAUAUCGCGUGGUAUUCUACCGAAUGCAGUAGAAGGAAACAGUUUGUGGUGGGAGGGCCCAGACUGGUUACAGGAGAAAGCUGAUAAAUGGCCCAGUCAGCCGAAUAUUAAUUAUACUGACGCACCAGAAAUGCGACGAAGUACAGUAACCGUUAUCGCAACUAAACUGCCAACAUUCACAACAAGCUUCAUUGUAAAAUUCUCAUCCUACAGUCAGCUCAUCCGGGCCACUGCUUAUUGGUUACGGUUAAUUGCUAUCUUACAGCACAAGGAAAGCGGUAAGAGAAAGGGAUUUCUCAGUACAAACGAGCUGCGAGAAGCGGAAACUGUAAUACUACGGAAGGUACAGCAGGAAUCAUUUGGAGAUGAACUGAAUGCUCUGAAAGGUGGAAAAUCUGUUUCUCGUGGUUCCUCGCUUCGAUGGUUCAUCCCAGCUAUAGGAGAAGAUGGUACUCUGCGGGUAGGUGGCAGGUUAAGUCACUCUCAGGAAUCGUUUGAUACAAAACACCCAAUUAUUAUGCCAGCCUGA